AUGAGGAGGCGACACCCGCCGUUCAUUAGCAGAUCCUUCCGGUCCAUCAGGUCCAAAUUUCUGAUCUUCUGCGGGAAGGACGAGUGCAGGUUCCGCGCCGUCAGGAAGGAAGGGGAAAAUGACGCCCCCCCAAGCAAAUUCCGAGCUUCGGCGUCGGACAAGCUCAUCAGAAAUCUUGGCCAGGUUGCCACCCUGGGCGUGGGAGGCGUCAUGAGGAAGCCCUUGAAGACGUUUGAGCUGGUGGGCGUGGACGGCGACACGCUGAACGCCCUGGCGGAGUGGAGCAGCAGGACGUCGACCAACUUUGAGGGGAUCAUGAAGUUCCUUGAGGCCCGGGGCUACGAGAGGUUUCUCACGGACGCGGACAGGAGCCUGGGGUGGACGAGCGCCGUGGUCGUCAUGAGGAAGACGGAGUCCAACAUGGGCCGGCUGGAGAAGAUGGACGCGUGCUUCCGUCCGCCGCCACCGUAUCAGACCGAUAAUGCGAUACCGUAUUCCACUGUGCGACGCGAGGCGGCAUCUCGUUGA